AAUUGGGAAACCUGCCGGGCACAUCCACUGGAAGAGUGGAUAGUCAGCGAACUGUUUACGCUCCGCGCGCGUUCGAAAAGCUCGUGGGCACAUAAAAUUUUCCGAAUUUUCCGCGAUUCAAUGUGAUGGUUCAUUCGAUUUUCUUCAAAGUGAGGGGGUUUAGAAUUUUUUAUGAUAGAUUCUGAAGGUCGGCAACAAUGGAUUAUAACUUUACGUUCAACAUCGGCAAUUUUAGUUAUAUGGACAACAUAAUUACCAAUUACAGCGAUUACCUGGAUACAUCAUUAUUGGAUAGAUAUUUAAAAAACCAGGACAUAGACGAACCAGCUUAUACCAUACUUAUCGUACUUUAUUGCAUUUUGAUAGUCGUUGGAGCUGUAGGAAAUACCCUUGUAAUAGCAUCGGUGUUGAGAAAAGCUGCGAUGAGAACGCCCAGGAACAUGUACAUAUUCAAUUUAGCAGUUGCCGAUUUCCUGCUAUGCACCUUAACAAUGCCCAUGACGCUAAUGGAAAUUCUCACGAAAUAUUUCCCACUCGGAAAUAAUUUGUUUAUAUGCAAGUUUAUCGGGAUACUUCAAGCUACAAGUAUAUACGUUUCGACAAUUUCCAUUAGUGCUAUAGCCUUGGACAGAUACCAGGUCAUCAUGUAUCCUACUAAAGAAGGUCUCCAAUUACGCGGAACUAUUGGUAUACUUGUGCUCAUUUGGUUGUUGGCUAUUGGGUUGGCUUUACCCUUAUUUAUUAUAAGGCAUCUGGUACAUCACAGUAUUCCUUUGGAAGAUGAUUAUUUAGAUAUCAACUUUUGUAUAGAAAAUUGGCCUGUUAAACACGGACGAGCUUAUUACUCCAUAUUCUCUGUUAUUUUUCAAUAUUCAAUCCCCAUCAUAAUUGUAUCGGCUUCUUACGCGAGGAUUUCGUACAAAUUGCGCAACCGUUUCGCCAGCGGCUUCAUCGGUGGAGAGGAUAACCAAACCAAUCGCAGAGAACUAAGAGGAAGGCGGUUGCACAAAACCAACGUGCUCCUCGGCUCCAUAGCCAUUAUCUUCUGCGUCAGCUGGCUACCUUUGAACCUCUUCAAUCUGAUAGCCGAUCUUUCCACCAGCAAAUCCUUCACCUCCCAGCCGAUGAUGAUAUGUUACGCUGUUUGCCACAUGAUGGGCAUGUCCUCGGCCUGCUCCAACCCGAUCCUCUACGGCUGCCUGAACGAGAACUUCUGGAAGGAGUUCAAGGACAUCCUCUGCAUCGAAUCCAGCGACCAGGGAGGUUUAAAAAAAAACUCCUUCAAAAGAACGUCGCAACGAGUGCAGUAUAAGGCCAGGUCCGAGUUGUUAACAGCCGGGGAUUACCAGCUUUGCAACACGGCCAGUACAGACGUCACCGUGCUGACGAAGACCUAGCAAUCCAGGAAUAUGGUGGAAAAGAGGAAAGAAACCCACUUCGUGGAAAUUAUAGUCGAGAAAAUCGAAAAUUGAAUUGUGAUUUUAUUAGGUACGCUGCCUGCGAUACUAACGGUUGUAAAAGAGAUUGUAUUUUGUAAAUAAAUUAAUGUCCUGUUAACAUGAAGAUGUUGUGUCUAGUAUUUGUUAAAUGUGACAUUACAUGUGUUUUAUGGAAGAAAUAA